GUGGUUUCAUGGGGGGAGGGGGAAGAGCGAGAGGAGACCGGAGGGACGGGGGCGGGGACUCUGCAAGAAAAACCUUCCCGGUGCAAUCGUGAUCUGGGAGGCCCACGUAUGGCGCCUCUCCAAAGGCUGCAGAAGUUUCUUGCUAACAAAAAGUCCGCACAUUCGAGCAAAGCCAGGCUUUAGCGAGUUAUUAAGAACUUAGGGGCUCUCUUGUCCCCCACAGGGCCCGACCGCACACAGCAAAGCGAUGGCCCAGCUCUAAGUUGGUAGCACUGAGAACUAGCAGCGCGCGCGGAGCCCGCGGAGACUUGAAUCAAUCUGGUCUAACGGUUUCCCCUAAACCGCUAGGAGCCCUCAAUCGGCGGGACAGCAGGGCGCGGUGAGUCACCGCCGGUGACUAAGCGACCCCACCCUUCUCCCUCGGGCUUUCCUCUGCCACCGCCGUCUCGCAACUCCCGCCGUCCGAAGCUGGACUGAGCCCGUUAGGUCCCUCGACAGAACCUCCCCUCCCCCCAACGUCUCCCCGCCAAGGCAAGUCGAUGGACAGAGGCGCGGGCCGGAGCAGCCCCCCUUUCCAAGCGGGCGGUGCGCGAGGCUGCGGCGAGGCCCGUGCCCUGCGUUCCUGCGCUGUGCGCGCCCCCACCCCGCGUUCCAAUCUCAGGCGCUCUUUGUUUCUUUCUCCGCGACUUCAGAUCUGAGGGAUUCCUUACUCUUUCCUCUUCCCGCUCCUUUGCCCGCGGGUCUCCCCACCUGACCGCAGCCCCGAGGCCGCUGCGCGCCUCCUCCCACGCCCCUUUGGCGUGGUGCCACUGGACCCCUCUAGUUCAGUCCCGGGCGGAUCCCCCCCUCACCGCGCGACCCCGCCUUUUUCAGCACCCCAGGGUGAGCCCAGCUCAGACUAUCAUCCGGAAAGCCCCCAAAAGUCCCAGGCCAGCGCUGAAGUAAUGGGACCAUGCCCAGUCCCAGGCCCCGGAGCAGGAAGGCUCGAGGGCGCCCCCACCCCAACCGCCCACCCUCCCCGCUUCUCGCUAGGUCCCUAUUGGCUGGCGCGCUCCGCGGCUGGGAUGGCAGUGGGAGGGGACCCUCUUUACUAACGGGGUUAUAAAAACAGCGCCCUCGGCGGGGUCCAGUCCUCUGCCAUUCUCGCUCCGAGGUCCCCGCGUCAAAGACGCAGCCGCGCUCCCACCACCCACACCCACCGCGCCCUCGUUCGCCUCUUCUCCGGGAGCCAGUCCGCGCCACCGCCGCCGCCCAGCCCAUCGCCACCCUCCGCAGCCAUGUCCACCAGGUCCGUGUCCUCGUCCUCCUACCGCAGGAUGUUCGGCGGCCCGGGCACUGCGAGCCGGCCGAGCUCCAGCCGGAGCUACGUGACUACGUCCACCCGCACCUACAGCCUGGGCAGCGCGCUGCGCCCCAGCACCAGCCGCAGCCUCUACGCCUCGUCCCCGGGCGGCGUGUAUGCCACGCGCUCCUCUGCCGUGCGCCUGCGGAGCAGCGUGCCCGGGGUGCGGCUCCUGCAGGACUCGGUGGACUUCUCGCUGGCCGACGCCAUCAACACCGAGUUCAAGAACACCCGCACCAACGAGAAGGUGGAGCUGCAGGAGCUGAAUGACCGCUUCGCCAACUACAUCGACAAGGUGCGCUUCCUGGAGCAGCAGAAUAAGAUCCUGCUGGCCGAGCUCGAGCAGCUCAAGGGCCAGGGCAAGUCGCGCCUGGGGGACCUCUACGAGGAAGAGAUGCGAGAGCUGCGCCGGCAGGUGGACCAGCUAACCAACGACAAAGCCCGCGUCGAGGUGGAGCGCGACAACCUGGCCGAGGACAUCAUGCGCCUCCGGGAGAAAUUGCAGGAGGAGAUGCUUCAGAGAGAGGAAGCCGAGAACACCCUGCAAUCUUUCAGACAGGAUGUUGACAAUGCGUCUCUGGCACGUCUUGACCUUGAACGCAAAGUGGAAUCUUUGCAAGAAGAGAUUGCCUUUUUGAAGAAACUCCACGAAGAGGAAAUCCAGGAGCUGCAGGCUCAGAUUCAGGAACAGCAUGUCCAAAUCGAUGUGGAUGUUUCCAAGCCUGACCUCACGGCUGCCCUGCGUGACGUACGUCAGCAAUAUGAAAGUGUGGCUGCCAAGAACCUGCAGGAGGCAGAAGAAUGGUACAAAUCCAAGUUUGCUGACCUCUCUGAGGCUGCCAACCGGAACAAUGAUGCCCUGCGCCAGGCAAAGCAGGAGUCCACUGAGUACCGGAGACAGGUGCAGUCCCUCACCUGUGAAGUGGAUGCCCUUAAAGGAACCAAUGAGUCCCUGGAACGCCAGAUGCGUGAAAUGGAAGAGAACUUUGCCGUUGAAGCUGCUAACUACCAAGACACUAUUGGCCGCCUGCAGGAUGAGAUUCAGAAUAUGAAGGAGGAAAUGGCUCGUCACCUUCGUGAAUAUCAAGACCUGCUCAAUGUUAAGAUGGCCCUUGACAUUGAGAUUGCCACCUACAGGAAGCUGCUGGAAGGCGAGGAGAGCAGGAUUUCUCUGCCUCUUCCAAACUUUUCCUCCCUGAACCUGAGGGAAACUAAUCUGGAUUCACUCCCUCUGGUUGACACCCACUCAAAAAGGACACUUCUGAUUAAGACGGUUGAAACUAGAGAUGGACAGGUUAUCAACGAAACUUCUCAGCAUCACGAUGACCUUGAAUAAAAAUUGCACACACUCAGUGCAGCAAUAUAUUACCAGCAAGAAUAAAAAAGAAAUCCAUAUCUUAAAGAAACAGCUUUCAAGUGCCUUUCUGCAGUUUUUCAGGAGCGCAAGAUAGAUUUGGAAUAGGAAUAAGCUCUAGUUCUUAACAACCGACACUCCUACAAGAUUUAGAAAAAAGUUUACAACAUAAUCUAGUUUACAGAAAAAUCUUGUGCUAGAAUAAUUUUUAAAAGGUAUUUUGAAUACCAUUAAAACUGCUUUUUUUUUUUCCAGCAAGUAUCCAACCAACUUGUUUCUGCUUCAAUAAAUCUUUGGAAAAACUC